AGUCAGCUAGAGGAUCAACUAUUUUCGAGCAAAUGCUCUCAUUCCAACCUAUCGGCAAAUUUGGAGUUGUGGAAUUAUGGAGAUUUGAAGAAUCAAAACAAAAGGCACUUUGACGAACCUAACCGAGCUUGUGAAGUGAUUGUCCACGUACGAACGAGAUUACCCCAAAGUGGGUAGUACUGUACAUGGUGAUCAACUCGGAAUGUGUCGACCGAUUGUGUAAGUUCCCGUAGAUGAUGUCGAACUUGUCGGAAAAGAAAUCUGACCGGAUUUCCUUUACGACUUUGGUAUUUGAAUAAGAGAAACUUGGGGAGGAGAAGACGCCGGAGCAAGGCUAGUGGACUGAAAAUAGAGACCAUCGGAAGGGAUCCACUGCGUGCUGGAGUGGGGAGUGUGCAAUUCAUGUGGAUAUGCAGAUUGUGAGUCCGCAAGCCGGUAACCUCCCGAUCCCGCCCACCAUGAAUAGCCUGUCCAAUUAUGCAUCCUCUAUCAUGAGUCCUUUCUUAAACGGUCACUUGGGAGGGGGACAUUCCCGGUCCAUGGAACCGCGAUCCCCUACGCUCAGCGAGGAGGAGGACUUGAGGCAAGCCAGGUCCGGGAACUCGAACGGGGAAUUCCAUUGCAAGAUCUGCAAGGAAACCUUAGGCUCUCAAAGGGAGUACACCGCCCACAUUCGGGCCCACAACGAGGUCAAGCCUCAUCCAGAUCCCAACGACCCCACCGGGCAAGCCAAGGUGUAUUAUUGUUGCAUCUGCAACAAGAUGCUUUCGUCCUUUAGCUCGUUGGAUCGACACAUGCUGGUUCAUUCCGGCGAGCGACCGUUUUCCUGCGAGCUUUGCGGACAGACCUUCACUACCAAUGGAAACAUGCACCGUCACAAACGCACGCAUGGCAGUCGAGAUUCACACGAAUCCGACAAUAGCAGUGGGGGCAGUUUGGGUCCCAAGAGACCCGGCCGAAAGCGCAAAAUCAGUUUGGAUCAGCCCAAGAUGCCCUAUGACCAGAUCUCUCCCAAAUCCUACGACUUCUGUCUCCCCAUUCAGCGACCCAAACCCAUGGACAUUGUCAAGUGUGAAGAGUGCGAUAUCGAAUUCCCCAACUAUUACGCCUUCGCCCUCCAUAAGCACCUCCAACACAAGAGCUCGGUGGCCAGUUUUCCCACCCUAUUCAGAAACCCAGAGGUAAGCGAGAUGAGCACCGGCAGCGAUGUCAGCCCGACCCAAUCAAAUUCUGGCAAGCCUGAAACCAAAGAAGAGGAAGUGAUGGACCUCUCCCCAAUCAAAGCUCUCACCCCCAAGCCCGCCGACGACCUGCCUUUCGUGCCUGAUGCCUUUCCUACCCGUGAACACACUCCUCGCUCCCACGAUCAGACGUCCGUGACGGACUCUUGCGAAAACAACUAUGAUGAAAGCGAGGGCCUCCUGCGAGAAAUGAAAUUAAAGGGCGAAUUUCCUUGCCGCAUCUGCCCAGCCACCUAUCCCAAUCUCAGAGCUUUGAAAGGCCACAACAAGGAGCAUAUGGACAAAGCGCCCUACGAGUGCAACGUAGCCCAAUGUACCUAUUCCAGCCACGACAAGGGCACGCUGACGCGACAUAUGCGGGCUCAUACGGGCGAGAAGCCGUUCGAAUGCAAAGAGUGCAACUUCGGGUUCACAACCAAAGCCAAUUGCGAGCGACACGUCAAGAACAAGCAUGGCAAGAACAAUAGGAAUGAAAUUCGCGAUUCGAUUGCCAUUCAUGAAGUGGAUGAUGAUAGCAAACUCACCGGUGACGAGGCCUCGCCGGCCAAAGCUCCUAGAGUCGAGGCCGUGAAGAAAGUGGCCGCCAAAUCGGGCCUCUUCGCUCCCUACCAUCAAAACCUCUAUAGAAAUCUGAAUGAAGAAAAAGCUGCCACCAAAGACUUCCACAGGGGACGUAAACUCGACGGAGAAAAGACUGAGAUCCCAUUAGACUAUAGCAUGUCUACUCUGGCCGAGGAAAAGCCCAGCCACAACAAACUGUAUGGAUUUGACAAUCCCGCCCAUAAACUGAAUGGGCACGAGGCACUUUCCCCCGGUUUCCCCAUGAGCCCCGUUCCUUCGCCAAUGCAACCCCUGUUCUUGUUUCAACAAAUGGCCGCUGCUCAAAUGGCCCAAGCCAACCAGGCCCGCAUGGCUCGGCCCUUUGACCUGCCUUCCUACUUAUUGGCCCAACAAGAGAUGGUCAAGCGACAGCAGGCCCUCGUGGCGGCAGCCACAGCCAGCAAAGAACAGGCCGCUCUCUGGCAAUAUCUAGCCCAAAUGCAAGGUGGAGGGGCUCAAGGGCCUCAAGGGGCCCAUAUGCCCGUCAGUCCAGCCCCCACAGACCUCAACCAUCCGUAUGCUAAAUUCAUCCCCAAGGUGGCCACACCUGAUCCCAAGGGUCUGUUCCCUCCCAUGUUGGUCAAAGACAAUCCUACCAAUCAUGUCAAUCCCAAAGUGAUGGCCAACAACGAGAGCGAUUAUAAAAUGGUAAUCAAAAAUGGUGUGCUCAUGAAGAAGAGCAAACAGCGCAGGUAUCGAACGGAGAAACCAUAUGGUUGUGAGAUUUGCCAAUCUCGCUUCACUCUCCGGUCCAAUAUGGAACGCCAUCUGAAGCAACAGCACCAGGAGGCCUGGGAAAAGUUCAAAGAGACGAACGGACUCAAGGACUCGGACGUGGAUAAUCGAGUGGUGGAUGAAGAGGAAGAUGAAGACGACGACGACGAGGAAGAAGAAGAAGACGAAGAGCAGGAGGAGGGAGAAGGGCCCGUACAAGAAAGUGAUAACGAGGAGAAAAUUGAUGUAGAUGGUACGGAUGAUGAAGCUACCAUUCCUAGAACUAUUGACAACCCUUUGGUGCAAAGCUCUCUUCGGAAUGAUAGUGAUGAGAGAGACGAAGUCGAAGUCGACGAACACGACGAACACGAGGAGGAAGAAGAAGAAGAAGGCCAAGUGGCCAACGAAUCCUCGGGUUCUGAUUGCGAAAUGUCAGGCGAGAAACGUAGUGCCUACUCGAAUGCCCCCCACAAACUCCCAUGCCCCUAUUGCGAUCGUAUCUUCCCGUGGUCAUCCUCCCUCAAUCGACACAUUUUGACCCACACAGGAGCUCGGCCCUUCAAGUGCGAGGAAUGUCCUUUGCUCUUCACCACCAAGUCGAACUGUGAUCGACAUCUGAUUAGAAAACAUGGAAACAACAACAAUGAUAAGCAAUUCAAUAUCUCAUCCAAUGUCGAGGACCUGCACUUGGAGGGCAACCUCAAUAAAACCAGCGGUGGCGGUGACGACCACAACUCGAGCAAAGAAUCCAUCUCGAGUGACAGUCCGUUUAAGUGUCAUCUUUGCGAAGGCAGCUUCCAAGACCGUCAGGCUGCCAUCGAUCAUCUGAAAAGCACUCAUCCCAAAGAGCAUUUGGCCUUGGAGGCCAAAGGUGUGUUUGAGCUCAGCCAGGAGGCUCUGCCACACCCAGCAGCCCAAGCCUUGGCGGGCGGUCAGGCCGGCUCGGCUGACGAUAACAACCACCACAACCACCACGAGGACAACUUCGAUCAACUUCGAGGCAAGUUCCCGGAUUACGUGAAUCGCAAAGUGAUUUGUCUGUUUUGUCUGCGCAAAUUUUGGUCGGCCGAAGAUCUGCGUCGUCACGUGCGCACGCACACGGGGGAUCGACCCUUCUCUUGUGAUAUUUGCUCGAGACGAUUUUCUCUGAAGCACUCGAUGCUUCGACAUCGCCGUAAACAUGACUCGGGCGUCUCGUCUGGCAACGACGAUGGCAGUGAGUCGGAUUCUGAGAACAAGUCCCGGUCCAAUUCGUCAUCAGCCUCCGGUGAGCGGCGCUCCACUUCGCCCGAAGAGCAGGCCCACAUUGUUAAAGCCGCCAAGGCCAAACUGGCAUCGGCCUCGAUGUCGCCCCCCGAAGACAUCAACAAGAAGCCGGAUCAAUUGAAGAAGCGGGCCAACCUCAUGAAUGCCAUUCAGAAGCUGGCCAUGCAAGGGUCUGAUUGAUUGGAUUUCUUCCCAACUCCCUCCACAAACACACACAUCCCCCCCCUUUCGAUCUCAUCACGCUUGCACACACACAUCAUACACACAAGCACCCAUACGCUCUAUCCAGAAGCGACUACACCAUGAUGAAUGCACUUACUAUUUCAUUUCCUCCUUCUAUCCCUUUUGUAAAUAUGACCGAUUCUUCAUGAUUAGUGUUUGUCCCCGGAUCGUCUUCAUGUACAGAAUAUCUCGCUCCAAGCACAUCUGUGUGCACUUGAGCAAACUUUUCAUCAUCGUCACUCCUGAUUCCAAUGAUACAAUUAAGAUGAUUCUGAUCUUUUUCGAUAAGGUUAGCCACAUUUAUUAUGAACGAUCUCGACCCCAAUGAUGAUGCAUCUCCGAAUCUUCAAACACAUUCCACGAUUCACAUGGCUUCGUAAUCUCCCCUCGAAUGUCCAUUCGAUGGGAAGCCCUGUACAUGUAAUAUUUAAAAUCCAAAUACUUUUAGUGUCUGCCUUAAAUGAUUAUGCUAGAAAAGAGAGCCUGGAGCAAAACAGUAAUAACACUCAUUAUUACCAUUAUUAUCAUCAUCAUCAUUAGCCUUAAGUUGUAUGUUGCCUAGUCUCGCUUCACCACGAUGAAAGAAAAAUAAAGUAUGCGCCAAGCAAAAAUUAACUCGUA